GGUGCAGUACGAUUUUCUCUUUCCCAUGUGAGAAGUUUUCGCCUGCCCAUUGCCUUCGUCUCGAUCUUUGCCUUUUUCGUCUCGCCAUCGGAGUGGCUAAUUUAGAUCGGAGAAUAUCGGAAAAGGGCUAUUUUGAUCUCGAUCUCAGGGUUCUUGCGUUCCCUCCGCGGGCAUCGACCAUGCCUUCGGUGAUCGGAGGGCGCCUUCCUCGACGCGCCGCCAUGAUCCCAUCGAUUACCUCCUUCGACGGUGCUUCUUGCUCCCAUCGCCUCAUACAACUCGAGAAAUGGAGUCGGCGCGGCAAUCUGACUCAGUGAUACAGUCCCAUCCCGUCGUUGCGGUUUCCUGGAUCUCCUUUUCAUUUCCUGUCUCUACUCGUUCGCGAUCUCUCUCCCUUUUCCCUCCUUCGACCUUAGGGGUUUCUCCAAUACUCUGCGAUCUUUUCCUGUGUUGGUCGUCGGCGCCGAUAUCUGUGUUGGGGAUUUGUUUGAUCCGGUCUAGCGUCUUUUCGGACUGAGAACCAAGUGAGAAAGUAUGGAAUUGUCAUUUGUUCAUGACAGAGAUGAGAUGUACUUUUGGCAAGCUCAAUCAGGAUCUUUAGCACUUUUUUGUGUGUGAUUUACAUCUGGUAUUUUGGAUGAUAAGAUCUUCGUACACUAGCAGCUUCAUGGGAAGUUUCUCUUGUUUAGAUACACUAUGUGAAACUACGGUCUGCAUGCAUGAAUACUGUGUCAGCUGUGAGAAAUCACAUGUAAUGAUUGAAACUUGUGUCCAUUUGGAUAAUAAUCAGACUGCCAGGACCACAAAGCUAGGGGUUUCAAAUGUUGCUUCUAUCUGUAAUGAGAACAAGAUAGCUACCCAUGAGGUUGAUGACACUGAAGCUUUGGUUCUGUCAAUUGAUGAUCCUCAAGGACAGUUAUCUGUUUGUGAUUUGAGCCAUUUGACUUCAGAUGAGAACUUACUUGAACCCAAGAAGACAGAAACUCACCAAGACUUUUGUCUUCCUACUGGCUGGAAUGCGAAGAAACAGAAGGCCUUGGCCAAAUCUGCAACAUUUCCUUUGCCACUGGUGGCGGAUGACAGUGACCUUUCUAUAGGGGGUGCUUGUGACCUACCAAGCACUGAAUUGGAAAAUCAGUGUUCUUCGACAAAGUCUAAUCCUACAUAUGAAAGAUCAAUAUCUCUUCCUGUGCUCCCAAAGCUUAUUUCUGCCAUGAAGGGAAGUCGCGCACAACAUGAUUCACCAUCGAACUUCAAGUUACAUGUGAAAUGGGCUCCUGAUGUCUAUGAUCCACCAUGCACCUUACUAUCACACACUGUGAAGAAGAAUCACCAUCAACUUCCCAAAGCAAGGAAAAAUUAUUACAAGCACAGGACCAAGUCAGCUCGAGGAAGUAACAAUGAUAGAAGAACUGCAAAUAGGAGCCUGACCAGCUAUAAGACUGAAUCCUUCAACGCAAGAUUGCAGACUGUUAGGAAUAGUAGAUCAGUGUUGAAGGAGUAUGGCAAAUCCAGCACUGAAGGUGCAGAGUAUGCAGUCGACAACCAAGAUUCAAAAUGCGGAGGCAACUUCUUGGCGGAGGCGCUUGCAAAAGUCAAUAUAUCAUCUGUAACCGAGGUUACAUGAUUGCUCUUGAUCUUAAUUAGGCGUUGCUCAUCUUUGUAUAUGAAUAAGCCGGAUACGUUUCUUGUUGUUUUGAUGUGCUAUUUUGUGGAUCGAGGACUAAAAUCUACCGUCGUUUGAUGUUCUAUUUUUGUGGAUUGAAGACGAAAAUACUAUGGUAAAUUGGUAAUUGGAUGCAUCAGAAACUACCAA